AUGGCGACAACAUUGAAUGACUCUUCUCUUUGGAGGCUGCAGCAGACGUUGAAUCAUAUCCAGCCACAGUGUAUACGUGAAAAUGAACAAAGGCUUUCCAUCGUUCACGGGCCCACCCAUCCUGCCCUUUGGGAGAUGACUUUGGGCGGAUUGCUUGAAUUCCAAUGUCUACGGUAUCGUGAUCUGGAGUGUGUCGUUGUCCCUUGGACCGGCGCACGAUGGACUUAUGGGCGCCUCGAGCACGAGAGUGGUCGUCUUGCGCGUGGGCUCCUGGCGAAAGGAAUCCAACGGGGAGAUAGGAUUGGAGUUAUGGCUGGCAAUUGCGAGGAGUACGUGUCUCUGUUUUUUGCGGCCGCCCGUGUUGGGGCUAUCCUGGUUGUCAUCAACAACACCUAUACCCAGACGGAGUUGAUAUACGCUCUCAAUCAUACAGGCAUGAUUCUGCUCUUCAUUGUUCCUCGAAUAGGGCGACGCAAUCUGGAGAACACCUUGGAUGACCUUGCCUCUCCCGAUAUUUCGAAGCGCGUUCCAAAUCUUGAAGAAACGAUACUAAUCCGAGGAAACUACCAAAAGUUCGGGACAUAUGAGUCCGUUGCCCUUGAGGGGAAUUCUGUUUCCAUGAAGGCCAUUCAGAGAAGGCAGGACACUCUGUCGCCAUUCGACGUCUGCAACCUGCAGUUUACCAGUGGCUCAACAGGGAAUCCCAAGGCUUCAAUGCUGACACAUCACAACCUGAUCAACAACUCACGGUUCAUUGGUGAUCGAAUGGACUUCACGGAAUACGACAUCCUUUGUUGUCCACCUCCAUUGUUUCACUGUUUUGGGCUCGUCCUUGGCCUCCUCGCUUGCAUAACUCAUGGGGCGAAGGUGGUUUAUCCUGCCGAAACUUUUGAACCCGGUGCCGUCUUGAAGGCGCUAUCGGACGAAAGGUGCACAGCACUACACGGAGUGCCCACCAUGUUCGAGGCGAUCCUAGCACUCCCAAGACCAGACACAUUCGACUGCUCACAACUUCGGACGGGGAUCAUAGCCGGGGCCCCAGUACCUCGCCCGCUUAUGAAACGUCUAUGGAAUGAGCUUAAUAUGACGGAGUUCACUAGCAGCUAUGGUUUGACUGAGGCAUCACCCACGUGCUUUAAUGCGUUUACCAGCGACUCGAUUGACACCCGGCUCACGACGGUGGGCACAGUCCUUCCGCAUGCUAGUGCCAAAAUAAUCAAUCCCAACACGGGGGAGACGGUGAAAGUGGGUGAGCGGGGAGAACUCUGCAUGGCUGGAUAUCAAAUACACAAAGGGUACUGGGAAAACACAGAGAAAACUGCAGAAGCACUGAUAGAAGAUGAGGAUGGCACGAUAUGGCUGCGCACCGGCGACGAGGCCGUGUUCAACUCUAAGGGCUAUUGUAGCAUCACGGGGCGCUUCAAGGACAUCAUUAUCAGGGGAGGAGAGAAUAUCUAUCCUCUAGAAAUCGAAGAGCGACUCACAGCACAUCCAGCCAUCUCGCGAGCUGCAGUGGUUGGACUUCCAGAUAAAUAUUAUGGGGAAGUUGUCUGCGCGUUCUUGACCCUCGAGGAAAGCCACGAUUGCCCGUCCGACGACGAAAUCAGGGACUGGACCCGCAAAAAGCUCGGGGGGCAUAAAGCACCCAAGCACGUGUUUGUAUUCGGCUCGGAUCCAAGGCUUCCAGGAGAUAUACCCCAGACUGGCAGUGGCAAGGUCCAAAAGCAGAUUUUAAGAGAUCUGGGACGGAAGCUAAUUUGA